AUGUGGUAUCGGGGCCCAGACCAAGAGUCUGCUUUCUCCAAAGUGAAAGCCAGUGCACCGGUACUGGCAUUCUAUGAUCCCAAGUUGACAACCAUGAGAUCUAUCUCGGACGAGAAAGUCAAUACAUUAAAGAUGAUGUCGGCCAAUGACCCGAUCAUCCAACGUGCUAUGCAGUGUGUCCGGACAGGAUGGCCAGAGCACAAGAGACCUUGGCAGAAGAUUGCUGCUGAUUUGUGUUUUGCCAAGGGACAGAACCUUCUUGUAGUAAUGGACUAUUACUCAAGGUAUCUUGAAAUUGCUCACUUAAACAAUGUAAUAUGUUCACAAGUGAUGGGCAAGUUCACGGCAAUGUUCGCUCGAUGGGGCGUACCAGAAGAAUUUCGCUCAGAUAAUGGAACGCAAUUCACGUCUGCAGACUUCAAACAGUUUGCACAAGAGUACAACUUCAAGUUGACCACAUCAAGUCCGCACUUCCCUCAGUCUAACGGCGAAGCAGAGAGUGCAGUGCGCAUUGCGAAGAUGAUUCUUAACCAGGAAGAUCCCUAUCUAGCUCUAAUGGCCUACAGAUCUACACCUAGUACUGCCACAGGGGUAUCUCCGGCUCAGCUGAUGAUGGGCCGACAAAUCCGCACGUUACCAACCUUUACCGGAAAACCUGGUUCCCCAGUGGCCUAA